GGAAGUUUGACUGUUGUUCAUCCGCCAGUUAGCAUUUUCAUCGUGGAAGCAACGAUGUCUUCAACAAAACACACGCCAAAAUUAGUCCAGAAAUCAUCUUCGGGAGGCUCCGGGGCCGGGGGUGGCACCGGAGGCCAACCGAUAAUGCCCCUUGCCUCUCCGCUCAUGGGGAAAAAGAAGAAGCCGUUUUUGGGAAUGCCCGCUCCGCUGGGCUACGUCCCGGGUCUGGGCAGAGGUGCUACCGGUUUCACCACCCGGUCUGAUAUCGGUCCUGCUCGCGAUGCCAACGAUCCAGUGGAUGAUCGACAUGCACCCCCGGGAAAAAGGACAGUUGGGGACCAAAUGAAGAAGAAUCAGGAUGAUGAUGAUGAAGAUUUGAAUGACACCAACUAUGACGAGUUUAAUGGUUAUGCAGGUAGUUUGUUCUCCAGUGGACCUUAUGAGAAAGAUGAUGAAGAGGCAGAUGCUAUAUAUGCAGCACUGGACAAGAGGAUGGAUGAAAGACGUAAAGAAAGAAGGGAGCUGAGAGAAAAAGAAGAAAUUGAGAAAUACCGUAUGGAACGACCCAAAAUCCAGCAGCAGUUCUCAGAUCUGAAGAGGAAGUUGGCAGAGGUGUCAGAGGAGGAGUGGCUGAGCAUCCCCGAAGUUGGUGAUGCAAGGAACAAGAGGCAGAGGAAUCCUCGCUAUGAAAAGCUCACCCCCGUCCCCGACAGCUUCUUCUCCAAACACCUGCAGAGCGGAGAGAACCACACCUCUGUUGAUCCUUUGCAGGGGCUGGGAGGCCUAAACACACCUUACCCAGGGAGCAUGACCCCUGGCCUGAUGACACCGGGAACAGGAGAGCUGGAUAUGAGAAAAAUUGGUCAGGCCAGAAACACUCUCAUGGACAUGAGGCUCAGUCAGGUGUCUGAUUCGGUCAGUGGACAGACAGUGGUAGAUCCAAAAGGUUACCUUACAGAUCUUAACUCCAUGAUCCCCACUUAUGGAGGAGACAUCAGUGACAUCAAGAAGGCUCGAUUGCUGUUGAAAUCGGUGAGGGAGACCAACCCCCAUCAUCCGCCUGCCUGGAUUGCUUCUGCCAGGCUGGAGGAGGUGACUGGAAAACUGCAAGUGGCCAGGAACCUCAUCAUGAAAGGCACAGAGAUGUGUCCAAAGAGUGAGGAUGUGUGGCUGGAGGCAGCCAGGCUCCAGCCAGGAGACACGGCUAAAGCUGUGGUUGCCCAGGCUGUUCGUCACCUGCCGCAGUCUGUCCGCAUUUACAUCAGAGCUGCAGAGUUGGAGACGGACGUCAGAGCCAAAAAACGAGUCCUCAGGAAGGCCUUGGAAAAUGUCUCGAAGUCAGUCCGACUGUGGAAAACCGCCGUUGAGCUGGAAGAACCCGAGGAUGCCAGAAUCAUGCUCAGCAGGGCUGUUGAGUGUUGCCCUACAAGUGUGGAGCUGUGGCUGGCUCUGGCCCGCUUAGAAACAUACGAGAACGCUCGUCGUGUCCUGAACAAAGCCAGAGAGAAUAUUCCCACUGACCGCCACAUCUGGAUUACUGCUGCUAAGCUGGAAGAGGCUAAUGGCAACACUCAGAUGGUGGAGAAGAUCAUCGACAGGGCCAUCACUUCGUUGCGUGCCAACGGUGUGGAAAUCAACAGAGAACAGUGGAUACAGGAUGCAGAGGAGUGUGACAAAGCGGGCAGCGUGGCUACCUGCCAGGCAGUGAUAAGGGCCGUCAUUGGGAUCGGAAUUGAGGAGGAGGACCGCAAACACACCUGGAUGGAGGACUCAGAGAGCUGCGUGGCCCACGGAGCACUGGAGUGCGCCAGGGCCAUCUAUGCACAUGCCCUGCAGGUGUUUCCCAGUAAGAAAAGCGUCUGGCUUCGAGCUGCCUACUUCGAGAAGAACCACGGCACCAGAGAGUCUCUGGAGGCCUUGCUGCAGAGAGCUGUUGCUCACUGUCCCAAAGCCGAGGUCCUCUGGCUGAUGGGCGCCAAAUCCAAGUGGUUAGCAGAGGAUGUGCCAGCAGCUAGAAGUAUCCUCGCUUUGGCUUUCCAGGCUAACCCUAACAGUGAAGAGAUUUGGCUUGCUGCUGUCAAACUGGAGUCUGAGAAUAAUGAGUAUGAGAGAGCCCGUCGACUGCUGGCCAAGGCUCGCAGUAGUGCACCAACAGCCAGGGUAUUUAUGAAGUCAGUGAAGCUGGAGUGGGUAUUGGGGAACAUCGAAGCUGCCCAGGACCUUUGCACUGAGGCCCUGAAACACUAUGAGGACUUCCCCAAACUUUGGAUGAUGCGAGGCCAGAUUGAAGAGCAGUGUGAACAUUUGGACAAGGCCAGAGAAGCCUGUAACCAAGGGCUGAAAAAGUGCCCCCACUCUGUGCCUCUGUGGUUGCUGCUGUCUCGACUUGAGGAGGGAGUGGGGCAGCUGACCAGGGCCAGAGCGAUCCUGGAAAAGGCACGACUCAAGAACCCGCAGAGCCCUGAGUUGUGGUUGGAGUCAGUCAGACUGGAGUACCGGGCUGGGAUGAAGAACAUUGCCAACACACUGAUGGCCAAAGCCUUGCAGGAGUGCCCAAAUUCUGGCAUCCUGUGGGCUGAAGCCGUGUUUUUGGAGGCCAGGCCCCAGAGGAAGACUAAGAGUGUGGAUGCUUUGAAGAAGUGUGAACAUGACCCCCAUGUGUUGCUCGCUGUGGCAAAGUUGUUCUGGAGUGAGCGGAAGAUCACCAAAGCCAGGGAAUGGUUCCUCCGGACGGUAAAGAUCGAGCCAGACCUGGGAGACGCUUGGGCCCUCUUCUACAAGUUUGAGCUGCAGCAUGGCACCGAGGAGCAGCAGGAAGAGGUGCGGAAGCGCUGUGAGAACGCAGAGCCCCGGCAUGGAGAGCUGUGGUGUGCCGAGUCCAAACACGUCCUGAACUGGCAGAAGAAGACGGGAGAGAUCUUGACGCAGGUAGCCAGCAAGAUCAAGAACACAUUCUGAGGCUCUUUGAAAGUCGGACUUAAAAACCACGGAGGACACUGGCAGUCGCAGUCAGGGAACAGCUAUGGACCUGCCUGUUCUCCACCAGGACUCACCAGUCUCAGUUCAUGUCUUUCCUCCUGUCACUAUUGUACUUUUUGUUUUUGUUUCAAUUUGUUCCUCAUCAGCAGGAAAAAAUAUUGUGUAUUCAAAGUGUGGAACAGAUUUCAGCACACUUGAGAUCAAGUGAAAAAUCACCAAACGAUCAGACAAAGUUCUGCAUGUGAAAAUGUGGUAGCAGAGAGGAGAAUUCAUUCCUAGAAGUUUCUCGGUUUUUUGUUUGGUUUUAUUGUUUGUUUGUUUUAGAAGUUACUCAUGUCAUGUGGCCCAGGUGUUCUUGGCACCUAGGAUUUAUCAAGGUCUUAGCUCAUGGCCAUUUUUAUCAAUGAUCGCUUUAUUCUUAAGGCUUUUUCAUGAUGGUCACCCUCUCCUGCAGAAAUUUCCCGGACUGCAUCCUCUGGGAGCGUAUUUUUCACUGCAAAUACGAGCUCCCCCAUCCGUAUGAUGCUGAUGAUACUUCAUAUGAUGAUUGUUUUUGUUAAAGAGGCUUGUAUGAAACUGAGCAAAGAUUUAGGUUGCAGUAAGUUUGUUUCAGGGCUUCACCCCCCAUGCAGCUCUGCUGAAAGCCCACCCCAUAAACUCUGAGAGGCAGCGGUCUGUGCCCUGUUAUCCUGUUUCAUUAAAGACAAAAACACCACCAAUUCGCCUUGAUUAAUCCAUUGUCCACUCAUUGAUAAAUAAAAGAUUUCAUCAAGUGUAGUAGGAUACCUUUAUAUAUUCUUUAAACCCCUUUGAAGACAUUUUACUGAGAAUAAAUAGCACCUCCAUUAAAAAAAACAAGCUGCUAUUCAGCUGCUGGUUUGAGAUGUUUAAAUAUAAGAUCAGAUUAGUACUGCACUCCAAAGGGAGGGGUGGAUCAUUUGUUGUGUCUGAUUUGACAACAGCAGGCUUGGCAAACAGUCGAUGGGGUGGAUGACAAAUGGCAUGCACGCUAAAUUGAGUGUGACCAUGAGAAUCCUGAUUUCAUUGAUUAUAGGAAAAGACUCCUGAUACCCAACACAAGGACACAGCUUGCUCUUUAAAUGAGACACUUCAGUGUUGCUGAUGUGUUGUAUUCUUUAUUGUUUUUGUAGAGCCCAGUGAGUAGCUGCCAUGUUCUCUGUCACCAGCUUUCUUUAUCUGAGUGCUCUGCUAGCUAAUCACUUACUGAGACUCCUCACAUACAGAGUAAAUGAACCUGAACCCACAUCCUGGUGUUUAGUGUUCUGUGCGUGUACAAACCUGUACGCAGGAAAACUCUCCAUGGAUGAUGGUUUUUCUUCAAUAGCAUGCUUACAAUGCAUUGGAAAGUGUAAAUGUGGUACUUUUACAUCCUAAACAGAAACCCACAAAUUAACCGAAAACCCACAGCAUUGGUAUUGUGACAGUAGAACAUGGGUUUUUCUCUGCUCAUGUAGGUGGGGGUGAGUUGUGGCUAUUAUUACUGGAAGUGGACAGUUUAGUAUUCGAUGGCAACAAUCACAGCGCUUGUCAUGAUGUGAUAUUGUCCUUUUUUCUCAUAUAGCUGUCUCAAAGAAUUUAGACCUGUUUUGCAAUAAGUUUAAUAAGCAAAUAAAGUUUAU